GGCUCUGAUUUUGUGCAAAGCAUGGCGGAUAUCACUUUACAUACAGAUCCUAUUCAAGUGAGAAGAAUUCUUCUUCUAGGAAAAGUCGGAGCAGGAAAAAGUGCCACUGGAAAUGCUAUAAUAGGCAAUGAAGUUUUUGAAAGUAGAAAAAGUUUUAGGCCUGUGACAGAAGAAUGUGAUUUCAAAAACAUUAUAAGGAAUGGAAAGCAAUAUGUGGUCUGUGAUACACCUGGUGCUAUGGGUUUACAACAGGAUAAGAAGAGGUUUCUCAAAAACUUGAAGAGAUGUUUAUUUGUAACAUCUCCCGGAUUUCAUGCCAUUAUUUUCGUGAUUUCAGCUGAUCAGAGAUUACAAGAUUCUGAUAUGGAGAUGUUUCGAGAGUUUUGGGAACUACUCAAAGAAGAUGCAUCAAAUUAUGCUAUAAUAGUGUUUACUCACGCAGAACCUGAUCAGCUUCAAUCCAUGAUUGAUGAAUCAAGAGAAAUGAAAAACUUGUGUAACCAAUGUAACAACAGAUAUCUUAGUUUUGGAAAUAAUAGAAAUGUUGAUAGAGCGUUAGUUGUAAAUUUUGAGGAGCUGCUGGAGAAUGUUAUCAGCGGGAACAGAAGAACUCCUUUUUAUGAACACCCUUUGUACGAAAAAGCCUAUCGAAUAAUUUUGAAAGAUGCAAAAGAUUUACAAAAAUCAAUGCCUCAUCUUAAUCAUAACGCAUCCAUAGAACGUGCUACAAAUGAAGCAUUUAAAGGGCAAUCCCCACGAGAUGCAAGCCUCUUAACACUCAAUGAAAGAUUAAGCUGCUGUGUGAUUCUAUAGAAAAGUGUAUGAAAUAUUGGGUGUUAGAUAUAAGUCCUGAUAUUUCAAAAAUAUUAUGACA